GACAUCACCACGAUGCAAGAGAUUUCAACUCUCGGCAUCUCGUUUAGGAGCGCGCGCCUUUCGUUUUCCCUCCGCAAACCAAACCAGCCCCGGCCAUCAAGGACUAACUAGACCCCACUGCCGGAGACGACGACACAGAUGGCUGAUGGCCACGGUAGUAGCCUUGUCCCCGACCCGUCAGAUGCAUGCUGCAGGAGCGGCAGCACCCGGCGUCGCCAGCGAAGAUCCGAAUCCCGGCGAGCAAAUCAGCGCACGCCUGUAUUAUUCAUCCGGCCCUCACCCACCUCUAUAAAGAACCUCUCGGCCGCGGCCUCUCGGAGCCCCCGAAGGUCGCCCUGCCUCCCUCUGUGUCCCCCUAAGGUUCCCAACCAAGAAGGAGCGACGACGGCGACACGCGUAGGUGGACGGAACGGAACCGGUCGCUUGUUGUGCGGGGCAUGGGGCUCCUCGACCAGCUCUGGGACGAGACGGUCGCCGGCCCGCGGCCGGACCACGGCCUCGGCAGGCUCCGCAGGUAUUCCUCCUUCUCGCCCUCGACCGCGGUGGCAGCGGAUGUCGCGCCCAAGGUGACCCGCAGCAUCACCAUCGCCCGGCCGCCGUCUCUCUCGGUCCCGUCCGGCGAGUCAAGCUCCGUGCCGUCGUCUCCGGCCAGCGCGCCGGAGUCCCCGUUCGCAGCAGCAGGUAGCAGUAGCACGCCGAGGGUGGAGGGCUGGAGGGCGUUCCGCCGGAAGUCCAACAUGGCCAACGUCGACGUCGUCCGGGCGGAGGCCACCGUCGGGCCCAGGAGCCCCACCGUGUACGACUGGGUGGUGAUCAGUUCAUUGGACCGGUGAAGUAGCACGAUCCCGAGUGCGAAAUAAUCGAUCGAAGAAGAAGACGAGGUAGCAGGCGUGUUUGAGACCGUGUGUUCGUCCUGUCAUAUGCAUACCUGCUAUUGUGUAAUCGUUGUGUUAACUAGGUGCACUGUCUUUUCUUCUUCUAUCAUGUAGUUGUGCGCCCUUUCGGGAUGCCAAAGUAUAUGAUGUGAUCAGCAGUAGUAGGCUUUAAAGCUCGGACGCGAUCGAGAUGCGUUGCCUUCAGGAGGCGCCUUUUUGUUUGUGGAGGAGAUGAGCGUUGAAAUGAGGAUGCAAUGCAAGUGUUCGAUCAUAAUUUCUUUUCCUA